GCAAAAAUUUGUAAUUUGUAGGUGGAUAAAACGGGAUUAAAAGGAAAGGCACGUAAAGCAAAUACAGCUGCUCGAUUACUUUCGAAAGUGUUUAAUAUCAUGUUGGCAGAUCGUUCACCUAUUGACAGUUCUAAACGACAAGGUAUAUUUCAUGUCACUAAUUUGGCCUUCAAGGUUUACUUUCGCUUAAAUUCGAUGCGCAUGUGUCAAACCUUUAUUUCCAAUAUUCGUACGGGUGGAUUGGACCUAGACCUCUUUCCAAUCAGUCAACAAGUCACGUAUAAAUACUACCUGGGAAGAUACGCAUUAUACAAUGGUCAAUUGAAAAAGGCUCAGGAUUGCUUGCUGUUUGCUUUUCAAAAGUGUCACAUAGGACAUUGGCAUAAUAAGCGAGUGAUUCUUCAUUACUUGAUACCAACACGCAUUAUCUUGGGACAUUUUCCUUCAUUGCAAUUACUAGAAACCUACGAAUUGACAGCACCUUAUGCUGACCUCCUAAAGGCUUUACGGUCCGGUCAUUUGAAGGGGUAUUUGCAACACUUGGAAACCUACUUUGAUUACUUUUAUAGUCAUCUGACCUACCUGUUAUUAAAAGAAAGGGGGAUCGUGCUUGUUUGGCGUUGUUUAAUUAAAAACAUGUAUCAUCAAAAGCAAAAGUUAAAUCAGACAAUUCCUGUCAUUGAAUUUCGGGACUGUUUAAAAGCAUUUUAUUUCGCUUCUCCAACAGGUACAUCGUAUACGGUGGAAGACAUGGAAUGCAUUCUCGUAUCACUGGUGAGCCAGAAUUACAUUCGAGGUUAUCUGCAACACAGUAAACAACGUCUCGUACUAAGUAAAGUAAAUGCAUUUCCUCCUAUUUCGCAUGUCCGAGUUCACGUUGAGCGUUACAAUGAAGCCGUACUAGAAGAUCAUAUGAUGCAUGCUCAACCACCUUUACCCGAAGAGAUCCAAGCUUACAUUGAUCAUGAAUAACAACAGUGAUAAACAUUACGUUUUUUUAUAAUAUAUAAAAAAAUCACGAUACAUAAAAUAAAGAAAUUAAAAAAAAAAAAAGGUAUUUAUUAAAAGAAUAUUUAUCCACCGAAACCAUAGAGGGUACGGCCUUGUCUCUUGAGAGCAUAGACAACAUCUAAAGAGGUGACAGUCUUUCUCUUGGCGUGUUCAGUGUAAGUGACGGCAUCGCGAAUGACGUUUUCAAGGAAGACCUUGAGGACACCACGGGUUUCUUCGUAAAUGAGACCAGAGAUACGCUUGACACCACCACGACGAGCGAGACGACGAAUAGCAGGCUUGGUAAUACCUUGAAUGUUAUCACGGAGAAUCUUUCUGUGACGCUUAGCUCCUCCCUUUCCGAGUCCUUUACCACCUUUUCCACGACCAGUCACUAUUAGAUACAAUGAGUACAAUUGAUCAUUUCAUGAGACAUAAUUUUUUUUUUUUUUUUUUUAU